GAAGAAAUUACGAACGUUACUGUCACUUGGUCGGUAACUCUGUAUUGUCAAAUGAACUGUCAAAAAAAUUGAUUUGUUGUGUUGAUUUUAUAUCGGCUGAAAAUUGUAAGAUACAAAAAGAAAAUGUGUUAAAACUGAAAACAAAUGUAACAGUAAUAUUGUCUUUAUUGCUUUGGAAUUUCUGAAUAACACAAUGGGUGACCAGUCGAGCCCUUUGGAGGAAAAUGAAAUGCUUAAAGCAUUGUAUGACUUCGAGGCGACGUUGGCUAAAACUCUUAGCUUCACGGAAGGAGAAUUUUUCUUCCUUCAACAAAGUAACGCAAAGCAGAGGAACUGGUGGCAUGUUGUUAAUAGAAAAGGUCAAGUUGGUUUCGUGCCCUCGAAUUACGUCGCUGGAGUCAAGGUGGAGCCAGAAUUCUAUUUGGCAUUCCUUAACGAUUGUAUCAAAAAUAUCAGUGAGAGUGGUACAAUGUCUCAGAAGCAAGAAUUACUAGCUAAACUAAAUGAGAAGAAGAAACAAAUUCAGAUAAGUAUAAAGCCACAUGGGAAGAAGGCGCCGGCUCCCAAACCCCCUCCACGUCUGGAUGACUGCACUCCACCUAAUGGUGUGUCACCAUGUUUUGAUUUGCGACCUGUAGUUUCACAGCAGCACAUCAGUGAAGACAGGGAAUCCUCCCCAUCACCAACUAAGCCUAAUAAUAAUGUGUCUCAAGAGGAUGAUGAGAUUCGAAAGAAACCAGCUGUUGGCAAGACCUCCUCUAACCAGGUGUCUUCAGACACAGACAACCAGGAUGAUAGCCAGGAUAGCAGUGAGAGUAUAAAACCAAAUGCAAUCUACGAAAUAGUCCAGGCUGUACGCAAAGAGACACAACUUAGCCAUGACAUGUCCAAAGUGGCGGUGGAAACUGUGCUCAUAUCACUAAGAGAGUUCCUUCCCGGUGGAGCAGCACGAUCAAUCAUUGAUGCUUUGCUUAGAGAAGCAAACAGCAACAUCACAUGUCCGAAGAAUGCUAUAGAUGCAGCACCUGACGCAUUACGGAUGAUGACAGCUCUGAAUGCACUGUCCAAGGCUGCCAAUGAUGCUCAACAGAGAGGCUGGGCCUUACAUGAUGAUGCACAUGACAUCCAGACACAGUUGUUAGAACUUAUCUCAGUUAUGUCAAAUGCUGAUGUGAACAUCUCUCAACAUGUCCUGAGCAGCCACAAGUAUGCAUAUGUGACGACCUUGGUGCAAUACUACCAGAUGGAAACAAGAUGGCCCUUGCGACAGCUGCUUCUUCAGGCAUUUGGUGUAAUGUGUGGCCUGGAACGCACGGCGCUCGCAACUUUAGCUCUGUCAGCCCUACCGGCGGAGAUAGCGCGGGAUAUGAGAGACAACCCUCGCGCCGUUAGCCGUCUCUCGCACUCUGCACUACUCUUGUCCAUGGUACUUUCCAUGGGAGAUAAGCUGCCUAUCACACAUUUUGAACAACUUGGCGUAGAUUUCGCUCUCUUCCUCCUGGAGUUGAUUGAGAAUCCUCCGGAGACAGAUGUGGAUGAACAGAUCCCUGACCUGUUCCUGACACUGGUUCUUGCUUACAAUCUGCAGUUUGAAGAGUCGUUUGAUAACCUCCUCCUCAAUGCUUUGGAGACCAGAGACAUAGCGAAGACUUUCUGUGAAAAAGCUCUCUUGCUGCUUAACCGUGAGGAGGAUCCAGUCCACAUUUUCGAUCACGAACCGGCGCCUGCGCAUUCUGUCUUAAAGCUUAUGAUUGACGUGUUCAGUCGGAAGAAGACCGCUGAACAUUUCUAUACGAAUGACGUAAAGGUCGCCAUUGAUAUCAUAGUGAGGCAGCUAGCGGAUCUCUCUCCAGGUGACUCGCGACGCCAGCAAUACCUACGAAUCCUUCAAGGUAUAAUCCGCAACACAGAGUAUGGGGCACACGUGCACCGACGUGAUGACCUCCUUCGAUGCUUCGCUCGUAUCUUCUGCGAGGAGGGAGAGUGCAGCCGUGAAGACCAGGCCCUCGUCAGAGCCAUCUCCAACGAAUUCCCUCAGUACUUCAAACCUUAAGACCUAAAGGUAACGCUCGGCUUUGAUGGUUACAGAUUGUCAGAUCCCCAGUGGAUACAUUCGAGAAACUUCGAAACAUUCUGUUACAAUUUUUUUUUUUAAAUCAAUCUAUUUAAGCAAUACUUUAUCUGUGGUCAAUUUUAAAAUAAGAAUGUAGUUCUUUUUUUAUUAAUGUUACCGGUCUGGCAAUCAUUUUCGAAUAUGGAAUCUCGGAAUAAAAAUAAACUGUGUUCAGAUUAUCGUGUGGGAGACGCUUGGUUUGGCUGUGCUAUUGGUAGAGGAGAUUUGAGGAAAUUGAAUUCUAUGGUAUCGAACUUACAAAUCAUAUUAGCUUGUCGUUUAUGAUAUGAUGUUUAGUGUUGUUAAGGGUUGCAUGUUUAAAGUGGAAAAUUACAAAUGUUUUAGAUGAUCUUGGAUAACGAUAUGCGCCUAAAACGUAUUCCUAGUUCAACAGCUAAUGAUAUUAUCUUUAUAAGAUUAAAGAAACCAAAAAAAAAGAAUCAUUCCUUCAACAAGAACUUGCAUGAAAAUGCAAUUAAAUAUACGUAAAAAUGUUCUCGUGAAUGUUAAAUAGGUGAUUUUGGAGUGGAGUUUGCAUUUGCUUUGCAAAAUGUAUCCUUAUUAUCAUAGUUAUAACGUUGCACAAAUAGAAUAUAAUUUGCAUGGCAUCUUGUAUUAGCACAGAACUAAACAAUGCAAUAGAUAAUACAUAUAAUUUUACUAAUCUUCAAAGCUACUUAUUGGAUGAUACUACUUAGUAUAAGUCAAGUUUUCUUCAGAGGUUAUCAAUUUAAAUUUAUAAAAUAUUUAAGGGCCUGGUUCACAAUAUCUGAAUAUACACUAUGUUUUAGAUAAAUUGGAAUAUAGAAUGUAAUUGGUCCGAACUAUGUGCCACAUGAGUUUAUCGUUGGCUUAUAUGAAAAUGACGAAACGGGCCCUUAAUAUAGUUUACCUAAUAUUACAAAAAACAAAACAGUAUUUACACUGCAUUUUUACAUUAUUUCAUGUCACAUUUAUAUUUUAAGUUACUUAUCAAAAUAGAAGAAUGGAAUGAUUUUAUAAAAAAACAUUAAAUCCAGAGAGAAGCCUUCUUCACCUAUUCCAUUAAAAAUGAUAUUAAAAAAUAAAACUCAUUAAUUGAUUUUACGAUAUAGUUAUAUUCAUAUUGUUGUAGCAAAUUUUAAAGAAAUAAGUUUUCUAAAUGAUGCCACCAAAGUCUGUUAAAAUAUUUCAAAUUUAAUUUCAAUUCUAUAAAAGAAAAAGUAUUUGAUCUAUGUUCAAUUAUCCAAAUAAUGUCAAAAGAAAAAUACAUUAGUGGCUUUUGUGAUACAUAAAGAGAAUUAUCCCCAAAUAACUGGAAAUUUUUCGAUUUAUUCGAUAUACGUAUUUUUGCCAUAAAAAUUCUAUAUAAAUAUUCAAAAUACAUUAUUGGCUUUCGUGAGAUAGAGAAAACGUUAUCCUCAAAAUCACUCGUAACUUUGAAAUAUAAUAAAAAUACCUACGUAUUUUUGCCAUUUCUCACCAAAGAUAUCGAUAUUCCUAAUAGCAGUACGCUCAUUAAACAGUCAAUUAGUAACGCUUUAACAGUAAUUCCGAUCCAUUCUGUGUGCAAAUUAAUGUCACAUUCCUCAUGU